UUGGAACGUUUUCUGCGACGCAGUCCUACGGUUUGUGGAAGCCCCUCGGCAUCUCUCGUGAUGAGGACGCGGAUUUACUGAAGGGCGGUAGGAGCGACGGGGACGGGGUCGCCGUCGCCACUGCGGACCUCGUGGGGAACCUGAUUGUUUCGCGAUGCACCGAAGCCGGGAGUGGUGCAGCCUGUCGCAGUUUCGGGACUUUUCUCCCCGUAUCGAAUGCAAAUAUGUCUGCGUCUGGAAGCCGAGGCUCGCAGAUGUCUGUAAUGCAGGUUUUGCAUGAGCAUGGGACCGAUGGCCCAGGCCCAGGGCGUCCCUGCAGGUACCAGCGUCACAAGUUCUGCAAGAGCUCUGCAAUGCCUAUGUAUUCUGCAUGAGAAACCCACUCUCAGGGCGGCCAAAAGCAAAAAUGAAAUGCAUGGCCGAGUUUUGUGUAGUUGGCAGAGAGCCUCACAAGUUUGCACCUUAUUUCCAGACACGCACAUGUUUGCAAUGCAUACCCCGCGGCUGCCGCGGAGGUCCUGAGCGCCGCAGAGGCGGACGCCGCAAACGCCGCACAGGUCGACCU